CUAGACGGCCAGGUAUGGUGCACCUACGCACCAUUUCCUACCAACCCGACCCCUACUCCCCGCGAUGCGUCUCUCCCAAGCUCAAACGCGAGCAGAGGCACCGCUCUUCUUACCCGCGGGACCGCUUGCUCCUCACUUCCUCGACACGGCUGAGACGGUACCGUCGUCUGCUAGCGGGAGGACUCCUGCUUGUUUUCCUCCUGGGAAUGACUUGGUGCUUUCUCCCUCGGCAUACAGAAGAAAAGGCUGUCUCUUCGGCCCAAGAGACGCCUUUCAGACGAAAUCUGCACUCAUUGCAAAGCCCCCUCUGGUGGUCCGAUCCCUGGUCUCUCCCCUCCUCCCAAUUCCCACGCGUAGCCCUCUACCCCGACGCAGACUGGAACCCCCACCCGAGGUGGCACAACGAGAGUAUUCCCGCGCUGCAAGACGAGCAGCGGCAUGCACCUCCUUCGAGUUUCGCAUGUAAUGAGGAGAGUCAUCCUUUCUACGGGGAGGGUCUGGCGCCGGGACUAGCGGGGGCGACGAGCUCUUCGCCACUGCUGUUCAUGGGAAUCUUCUCUUCGGUGCGGCAGGGCAAGGAGGAGAUGAGGGAUCUGAUCCGCCGCCGGCAAUUACCGCAUUUUCACCAGGAGGAGCGGUACCAGCUUCACCAGGGAGGGGACGAGGGACGGAAUCUCACCCAUCCUUCGCACGAGUGGGGGGAUAUGGGCGUGCCUGCUGGUGUGCUCGAGUGGAAUUUCAUACUGGGCUACCCGCGCGGUUGGGGAAAGACGAUUAGGAUGAUCAGGGAUGGGACGCUGAAUUGGAAGACGAAGGGGGAUCCCUGGAUGCGCAGGUGGCACUUGGGCAGUCCCAACGAUGGGAGCUUCGUGAGUUGGAAUGGGAUCAAAAGACGGGAUACGGAAAAUCUACUGGGACGGCUGAGAGGGACCAGAUUAGUGCAGUGGAUUGGUUGGGCUAAGAUGAUGGGGUUUUGGAGGAGGAGAGUGCCAGUAAGAUUUGGUGGGUGGAAGGAAGAGGACGUUGCGUUGGCGAGGGAGCAGGUGAAGAUGAUGCACCUCCUCGCCGAGGAGCAACAGCGCUUUGGAGAUAUCGUACUACUUAGUGACCUAGAGGACAACAUCACCGAGGGCAAGACAUACCAGUACUUUCGCUGGCUAGCGCAAAAGCGCUCCGACAAUCGCCCUCCUCGCUUCGCAAUGAAGACGGACGACGAUACCUUCCACGUGAUCCCCAAUCUCCUUUCUCUCCUCGCUCCCCUCUCCUGUCAAACCUCUCUCUACAUCGGCACUGCCUGGGGCUGUGCGCAGGACUUUCCCUUCCACUUUGGUGGAUUGGGCUAUGUGCUCAGCUGGCCCCUGGUGGCUUGGCUGGGAGGAGGAGAGGAGCUGCGCGAGGAGGAUACGUGGGGGAAUGAGGAUGCGAGAUUGGGUGCUUACUUGCUGAGCUUGGAUAAAGAGAGGGAGCCCGUCGUUACACUGGACUACUCGAUCCAGAUGGGCUCCUGGUUCGACAACUGGACCUUUCCAAAGACGACUUCCACCAUUUCCCUCCACUAUCUCAAGGAGCCCAAUGUCUACCGCGACUACUCGCAGGUGAUGUGGGAUCUGUGGAAGUCAGAGGGCAAGGCGUGGAGGUGGGAGGGUGGAAAGGAGUGGGUGAGGAGACAUGCGAGGAUGCCUUGA